UACAGAGCGAAAAUGGCGACUCUUCCUGCAACCACUUCGCUCACUACUCUCGUCGCCAUUCUCGCAAUUCUUGCACCAACUUUUCUCUUCAACCCAUUUCUCGAUUACUUUGAAAAUCUUGGUGAAAUGCUGGCAAGAUAUCAUCACCACAGAAAACAUGAUUCUGGUAAGGGAAAACCCAUCUCCGUCUGCGAUGAUUUCCCCAUAGAUAUCCCACCUCCGGACACCAACGCGACGACGUUUCUUUGCGUCGAUGCAAAAGGUUGCUGUAAUUUCACGACGGUGCAAUCUGCUGUUGACGCCGUUGCUAAUUUCAGUAUGAAAAUGACCGUGGUCUGGAUCAACUCCGGCAUCUACUAUGAGAAAGUUGUAAUACCAAGAACCAAACCUAACGUAACGUUCCAAGGACAAGGCUACACGACAACGGCGAUUGCAUGGAAUAACACGGCCAACUCGGCAAAUGGUACAUUUUAUAGCGGCUCUGUGCAAGUUUUUGCGAACAACUUCAUUGCCAAGAACAUAAGCUUCAUGAAUGUAGCUCCAAUUCCGAGCCCCGGCGAUGUGGGAGCGCAAGCAGUGGCAAUAAGAAUAGCAGGAGACCAAGCAGCCUUCUGGGGUUGUGGCUUCUUCGGAGCUCAAGAUACUCUUCAUGACGAUAGAGGUCGCCAUUACUUCAAGGAUUGUUACAUCCAAGGCUCCAUUGAUUUCAUUUUUGGCAACGCAAGAUCCUUCUACGAGAGCUGCAUGUUGGUUUCCAUGGCGAACCCAGUGCCUCCGGGGACGAAGGGAAUAAACGGCGCCGUAACGGCCCACGGAAGAGCGUCGAAUGAUGAUAACACAGGAUUCGCAUUCGUGAACUGUAGCCUUGGUGGGGCGGGGCGAGUGUGGCUGGGACGCGCUUGGCGGCCUUUCUCGCGCGUGGUUUUUGCUAAAUCGACAAUGACUGAUAUUAUUGCACCUGAGGGAUGGAAUGAUUUUAACGAUCCUUCACGAGACCAGACAAUAUUCUACGGGGAAUAUAACUGCUCGGGUGCAGGAGCUGACAUGAGUAUGAGGGCAACUUACGUUCAAAAACUUAAUGAUACACAGGCUGCUCCUUUCCUUAAUGUGUCUUUUAUCGAUGCGGAUCAAUGGUUGCAACCUUUUUGA